AUGGAUCUCGAAGUCGUCAAGCUCGAGCAUCUGCCCGACACCUACACCCUUCACAUCGCCCUCUUCCGCGACGUAGAAAACGCCGCAUUCCUGCACGAGCAGCUGUUGGCGCGCAACACCGACUUUGAAUAUGCCUUUAUUGAUGCCUCCGUUGUCGUUUCGAGAUUACAGCUUCUCUCUGCGAUCUUCAAAGCUGCCAACGCGACCGUUAAUGGCGCACUGCAAACGCCAAACGUUCACUCCGAAACGGUCGCAUCUCUGAGCACAUCUAAAAAUAUUGCGGAUGCUUAUCGCCGCUUUGGCAUCUCUCCCACAACCAAAGACCUUCUCGUCGCCAAAGUCACAUUUCCAACGGAAGCGCAGCCACAGCCAGCCACCACGGAAUCAAUAGCCAAACACCUGCAUGAAAAUGUAAAGGCCAGCUACCUGCCAGUCACGGAUGAAAACAUCGCUGCCUGCACGGACAUGGCCAAGGUCCGGAAAUACUACAAGCUCAACGGCAUCAACUGGCUAGAUGCUCUCGACAACACGCAAGCCAAGACGCAGCAAAUAGAAGGCUUGGUUCUCGGGUCCAUGGCAUUGAGAGGGAUAUAG